AGACACAUCUAUUUCCGGUCUGAAAGAGUACCUUUAAACAAAAUAUAAACAAGCUGCACUGACUGUGUACCUGCUGUUAUUCUGAAUCUUAACGGUCACUAACGGGGCUCAGAUGUGCCGUUAGCCCGGUGAGCUGCGGUCUGAGCGGCGGAGAGAUGGUGAAGUGUGUCGUCUCUGGCUGUCCGAACCGUCAGGUGGACGGUAACGUUAACGGGGAGAUCUUCAACCGACCACCGAAGAGGUUCUUCAGCUUCCCCACAGACCCCGCUCGGGUCAAGGUAUGGCUGGCAGCACUGAGGGAGAUGGACAAACAGGACUCGACUAAGCAGCGUUUAAUCUGUGAGGACCACUUCCUGCCGGAGGACAUCUCCAGCAGCGAGGUCACCAGUGAUGCCAUUCCCAUCAUGCCCCCUUGCCUGGACGGGUCUCUGGGUCUGAGCGGCACCUGGGGAGCCGAGUCCUCUGAGGAAGAGGAGCAGUGGGCCACUGGAGGCUGCGAUGAUGAUGAAGGUGGAGAUGGAGAUGCUCCUGCUGCUACAGAACCUCAAGCACAGGAUCUAAUACAGCAGGAUCCAGUUGGAGGUUUGGAGGAUCCUCCACCUGAGGAGGAGGCUGAGAAGACCAGUCCUCCCCGACGAAAGAGGAAACAAUCAGAACAGUUCAAGAAAGUUGGCAAACGAGAUGUGCCUCUGUGGCUGCUGACGGAGCGUUUCCUGAGGCUGCUGCAUGCGGCUCCCGACACAUCUAUGGACCUCUGGCAGGCCGCCGUGAGCCUGCAGACCCGCAAACGGAGACUCAACGAUAUCACCAACAUCCUGUACGGCAUCGACUUCAUCCAGAUGGAGUCGCCCAACAAUAUCAAGUGGAUAGCAACGUGUCCGAUCUCCAGCUUGCUGUCGGGGAACAAGCAGGAGAAUAAGCAGGAGAACAAGCAGGAGAACAAGCAGGAGAACCAGAGUGAGCUGGAGAACCUGAAGCUGGUGGAGGACACGCUGGACAGCCUCAUUGAAAGCUGCACCCAGGAGCUCUUCAACAUGACCGACAACGCAGAAAACGCUGCAUUUGCUUACGUGACUCACGAGGACAUCAGACGGCUCGGAGUCUUCCAGGAGCAGACGGUGAUCGUCAUUAAAGCUCCGGAGGAAACAAAACUGGAGGUUUCUGCCCCCAAAGAGGACAGCAUCCAGGUGCAUCUGAAGGCGACGAAGAGUCCCAUCACAGUGGUGUCCUGUGAGGUGGGGUCGGACGACACAGUGACCUCUGACCUCGGAGAGAUAGGCGGCGUCUUUUCAGCGCUGGAGGAGAGUCGGAUCAAGACGGCCGCGCUGCUCACAGGUGCUUCUUGUAAAAAAGGGGAUGAAGAUGAAGAGCGCACCUCCAGCGGAGUGACUCAGAGCGAAGCACCAACGACGCCGGCUCCUCUAGAAACCCAGAAAGUCGAUAGACGUGUCCAAAAAAGAACAAUGGGUCAGACGUCUGUCGGGAAGAAACUAAAAGAUGAUGCUAAAAUGGGUCGUCGGUGCCAAUCUGUCUGUUGCGUCCUGUCAGAACAACAUCAGUGCACACAGAUAAGAGAGACUGACAGGGAGUCUGUUUUCAACCACUUCUGGCAGGAAAUGGACUGCAUGCAGAGGAAGACGUACGUGGCGUCAUUGGUGGAUGUUUUCCCCGCGUGGAGACGGAGCCCCAAACUACUGCGCUCCAGGAUGUCCUCCUAUAUGCGCUACCACCUGAAAGUGAACGGAUGCAGGAUGAGAGUGUGCAAGUCCAUGUUUCUGUCCACUCUGGGGGUCAACUGGCAUUACGUCUUAGAAUGCGCCGCUGGAAAGCAGCAAGAGAAGACGGAAGUCGCGUUAAAAGCCUCUCUGUGUUCAGCUCUCAGUACGUUCGUAGCUUCUACUGAAUCUCACUGGUUUGGAGUUUAGAUUCAGAUAUCAUAUAUCUUAUUUUACUGUUUCUGAGCAUCAUCAGCUGUUUCAGAGCUGCAAGUUCCUGCUCAACGUUUCCUGCUGCUGUUUUAUAUUAAAAGCUUUCCACAGACGGACGAGCUGGAGGCUCUUAUUGUGAAGAAAUGAAGUGCGUUUGUUACCAAGUUAGCAGAGCUUCGUAUCAGACUGUCUGCUCACUUAAAGGUGCAGUGUGUAGAAUUUAGUGGCAUCUGGAGGAACGGACUUGGCAGAAAUUAAAUAUAAUAUUU